UCGGGUCUGGUUGCGAGAAAAUGAUCAGCAUUAUCCAAGUACUGUUCACUCCUGUGCGGAAGGAGUCAUCGUAUUCAGGACAGAUUAUGGUCAGGUAUUCACUUACAAACAGAGCACAAUCACACACCAAAAAGUAACGCCUAUGCAUCAAACGAGUGCAGAGAGUGUGGAAGACAUGGCGGCACUAGUAGAUCUCCAUGAAGGCUCCAUCAUGCACAACUUAUUCCAGCGAUAUCAGCGAGAUAAAAUCUAUACAUACAUCGGUUCCAUAGUUGCCUCUGUGAACCCGUACAAGACCAUUCCCGGACUGUAUGACUGCGCUGCCGUGGAGCAGUACAGCAAGCACCACAUGGGAGAGAUCGCACCUCAUAUCUUUGCUGUGGCAAACGAGUGCUACCGCUGCCUUUGGAAGCGUCAUGACAACCAGUGUAUCCUCAUCAGUGGUGAAAGUGGUGCUGGUAAGACAGAAAGCACUAAGCUGAUUCUCAAGUUCUUAUCUGCAAUGAGCCAACAUUCACUGGAACUGUCUUCCAGAGAGAAAACCUUCUGCGUGGAGCAAGCUAUUCUUGAAAGCAGUCCGAUUAUGGAAGCUUUUGGAAAUGCGAAGACGGUUUACAACAACAACUCAAGUCGCUUUGGGAAGUUUAUUCAGCUGAACAUCUGUCAGAAAGGAAACAUUCAGGGAGGAAGAAUUAUAGAUUAUUUAUUGGAAAAAAACCGUGUAGUAAGGCAGAACCCUGGGGAAAGAAAUUAUCAUAUAUUCUAUGCUCUGCUGGCAGGGAUAGAAGAGAGUGAGAAAGAUGCUUUUUACUUAUCUGUGCCAGAGAACUACCACUACUUGAAUCAAUCUGGAUGUAUAGCGGAUAAGACAAUCAAUGACAAAGACUCUUUCAAGGAAGUCAUUACUGCGAUGGAAGUGAUGCAGUUCAGCAAGGAGGAAGUGCGAGAAGUUUUGAGGCUAUUAGCUGGCAUUUUGCAUCUCGGAAACAUUGAGUUUAUCACUGCUGGUGGGGCACAGGUGUCCUUUAAAACAGCUCUGGGAAGAUCUGCUGAAUUAUUGGGGUUGGACUCCACACAGCUGACUGAAGCAUUGACCCAGAGGUCGAUGAUACUCAGGGGAGAAGAAAUCCUAACACCUCUUAGUAUACAACAGGCAAUAGAUAGCAGAGAUUCUGUGGCUAUGGCACUUUAUUCGCAGUGUUUUGCUUGGGUCAUUAAGAAAAUCAACAGCAGAAUCAGAAGCAAGGAAGACUUCAAGUCCAUUGGAAUUCUGGAUAUAUUUGGAUUUGAAAACUUUGAGGUUAAUCGUUUUGAGCAGUUUAAUAUUAACUAUGCAAAUGAGAAGCUUCAGGAGUAUUUCAACAAACACAUCUUUUCAUUGGAGCAACUGGAAUACAGCAGGGAAGGACUAGCUUGGGAAGAUAUUGACUGGACAGACAAUGGAGAGUGCUUGGAUCUCAUUGAAAAGAAACUUGGCCUGCUGGCACUGAUCAAUGAAGAGAGCCAUUUUCCUCAAGCUACUGACUCCACCUUACUGGAGAAGUUAAAUGCCCAGCACGCUAGCAAUCCUUUUUAUGUAAAACCAAGAGUUGCCGUUCACAACUUUGGAGUGAAACACUAUGCUGGGGAGGUCCAGUAUGAUGUCCGAGGGAUCUUGGAGAAGAACAGAGAUACUUUCAGAGAUGAUCUCCUGAACUUGUUGCGUGAAAGCAGUCUUGAUUUCAUCUAUGAUCUAUUCGAACAUGUUUCAAGUCGCAACAAUCAAGACACUCUUAAAUGUGGAAGCAAGCAUCGAAAACCCACUGUCAGCCUACAGUUCAAGGAAUCGCUUCAUUCUUUAAUGGCAACACUGAGUUCUUCAAAUCCUUUCUUUGUUCGAUGCAUCAAACCCAACGUGCAGAAGAUGCCAGACCAGUUUGAUCAGACUGUGGUGCUUAACCAGCUGCGCUAUUCCGGGAUGUUGGAGACAGUAAGGAUUCGAAGGGCUGGCUUCCCAGUCCGAAGGCCCUUUCAAGACUUUUAUAAAAGGUAUAAAGUGCUCAUGAGAAACUUAACUCUGCCUGAAGAUAUAAAUGAGAAAUGUGCUGUCCUCCUUCAUCUGUAUGAUAACACAAGUACUGAAUGGCAGCUUGGAAAAAAUAAGGUUUUUCUCCGGGAAUCCUUGGAACACAAGUUGGAGAAACAGCGAGAGGUGGAAGUCACCAAGGCAGCAAUGAUUAUUCGAGCGCACAUCUUAGGUUAUGCAGCCCGAAAGCGAUAUAGAAAGGUUCUUUACUACGUGGUUGUGAUACAGAAGAACUACAGAGCGUUCUGUGGUAGGAAAAGGUUCCUUUGCCUGAAGAAAGCAGCCAUAAUCCUUCAGAAGCAGCGGCGAGGCCAGCUUGCUCGACGCGUUUACAGAGAACGACUAGAGGAGAAGCGGCGGAAAGAGGAAGAAAGGAGAAAAGAGGAGGAAGAAAGGUACAGUAUGCACUCUUACCUCACUCCUUCCUAUCUAUGCCAUAUUAAAUCUCAGUCUGAAUAGCCUUUGCUUGAGGGAAAAUAAGCUGAAGAAGAGAGGAAGCAGCAGGAACUGGCUGCCAUUCAGAAAGCCCAGAAGGAGGCAGAGCUGAAGCAAGAGGUGGAGAAGCAGAGAGAAAACAGACAGGUGGAAGAAAUCUUGCGUCUGGAAAAAGAAAUUGAAGACCUUCAGCGCAUGAAGGAGCAGCAGGAGCUGUCCUUGACAGAGGCUUCGUUACAGAGGCUGCAGCAGCUCCGAGAUGAGGAACUCAGGCGGCUUGAGGAUGAAGCAUGUCGAGCAGCCCAGGAGUUUCUGGAAUCUCUGAACUUUGACGAGAUUGACGAAUGUGUCCGAAAUAUUGAGAGAUCGCUGUCUGCGGGCAGCGGGUAUCCUGCUGAGCUCACUGAACGGACUGGCAAUGCAUGCAGUGAAAAGCCCAGUUUUAACUUCAGCCAGCCAUAUCCUGAGGAAGAGGUAGAUGAGGGCUUUGAAGCUGAUGAUGAUGCAUUUAAGGAUUCACCCAAUCCAAGUGAGCAUGGCCAUUCUGAUCAAAGGACGAGUGGCAUCAGAACAAGUGAUGAUUCCUCAGAAGAGGAUCCCUACAUGAAUUCAGUCAGUCUCCACAACUCUUCAAGUGGUGAAUCCACAUAUUGCAUGCCAGAAAAUGUAUCAUGCAGACCCCCGAAUUCUGUGGAACUCAUUUCUCCUGAUGGAGACUACGAUUACGACCAAGAUGAUUAUGAAGAUGGUGCUAUUACUUCUGGUAGCAGCGUGACCUUCUCUAAUUCACACAGUAGCCAGUGGUCCCCUGACUACCGAUGCUCAGUGGGGACAUACAAUAGCUCUGGAGCAUACAGAUUUAGUUCUGAAGGAGCUCAGUCUUCUUUUGAAGACAGUGAAGAAGAUUUUGACUCCAGGUUUGAUACAGAUGAUGAACUUUCCUACCGGAGGGAUUCAGUCUAUAGCUGUGUCAGCCUGCCCUACUUCCACAGUUUUCUGUACAUGAAAGGUGGCUUAAUAAACACUUGGAAGCGACGCUGGUGUGUCCUGAAAGAUGAGACCUUUCUGUGGUUUCGUUCCAAGCAAGAAGCACUUAAGCAGGGUUGGCUUCACAAAAAGGGGGGUGGAUCAUCUACGCUUUCCAGAAGGAACUGGAAGAAACGAUGGUUUGUUCUCAGACAGUCCAGGUUGAUGUACUUUGAAAAUGACAGUGAAGAAAAGCUAAAGGGCGCCAUUGAUGUCCGAACAGCCAAAGAGAUUGUUGAUAAUACAGGCAAAGAAAAUGGUAUUGAUCUAAUAAUGGGUGAUAGGACCUAUCAUUUGAUUGCUGAGUCUCCUGAGGAUGCAAGCCAGUGGUUUAGUGUACUGAGUCAAGUCCAUGCGUCCACAGAGCAAGAGAUCCGAGAGAUGCACGAUGAGCAGGCAAAUCCACAGAAUGCCGUGGGUACACUUGACGUAGGAUUAAUUGAUUCUGUCUGUGCUGCUGACAAUCCAGAUAGACCCAAUUCAUUUGUGAUCAUCACUGCUAAUCGUGUUCUUCACUGUAAUGCUGACACUCCUGAAGAGAUGCAUCACUGGAUAACCCUACUGCAAAGGUCAAAGGGGGACACCAGAGUGGAGGGACAAGAAUUCAUUGUGAGAGGAUGGCUACACAAGGAAGUAAAAAACAACCCAAAGAUGUCUUCGUUAAAACUAAAGAAGCGUUGGUUUGUUUUGACGCACAAUUCUUUGGAUUACUACAAGAGUUCCGAGAAGAAUGCUUUGAAACUGGGUACGCUGGUCUUAAACAGCCUCUGCUCUGUGGUCCCACCUGAUGAAAAAAUCUUCAAAGAGACAGGCUACUGGAAUGUAACUGUAUAUGGACGCAAACACUGUUACCGUCUCUACACAAAGUUGCUUAAUGAGGCUACCCGUUGGUCAAGUGCCGUCCAGAAUGUGAUUGACACAAAAGCACCAAUUGACACACCGACCCAGCAACUUAUUCAGGAUAUUAAGGAAAACUGCCUAAAUGCUGAUGUGGUUGAACAAAUUUAUAAAAGAAACCCUAUUCUCCGUUACACUCAUCAUCCGUUGCACUCGCCGUUACUGCCACUGCCGUACGGGGACAUCAAUCUAAACUUGCUGAAAGACAAGGGCUACACAACUCUGCAGGACGAAGCCAUCAAGAUAUUCAAUUCUUUACAGCAGCUAGAGUCUAUGUCUGACCCCAUCCCUAUAAUUCAAGGAAUCCUCCAAACCGGGCAUGAUUUACGACCACUUCGAGAUGAGCUCUACUGUCAACUCAUCAAGCAGACCAAUAAAGUACCUAACCCUGGGAGUGCGGGGAACCUGUAUAGCUGGCAGAUACUCACCUGCAUGAGUUGCACAUUUCUGCCCAGUCGCAGCAUCCUCAAAUAUCUCAAGUUCCAUCUCAAAAGGGUUCGUGACCAGUUUCCAGGAACUGAAAUGGAGAAAUACGCACUUUUUACUUAUGAAUCUCUCAAAAAAACCAAAUGCAGAGAGUUUGUGCCGUCACGGGAUGAAAUAGAAGCUCUGAUCAGCAGGCAGGAAAUGACGUCGACAGUUUAUUGUCAUGGUGGUGGCUCCUGUAAGAUUACAAUCAACUCGCACACUACAGCUGGAGAGGUGGUUGAAAAGUUAAUUCGUGGCUUGGCCAUGGAGGAUAGCAGAAAUAUGUUCGCUCUGUUUGAAUACAAUGGAACUACUGAUAAAGCAAUAGAAAGCAGAACCAUUGUGGCUGAUGUCUUGGCAAAGUUUGAAAAGCUUGCUGCUUCUGCUGAGGCUGGGGACAUGCACUGGAAGUUUUACUUCAAGCUCUACUGCUUCCUGGACACAGAAAAUGUCCCAAAAGACAGUGUGGAAUUUGCCUUUAUGUUUGAGCAGGCUCAUGAAGCAGUGAUUAGAGGACACUAUCCUGCUCCAGAAGAAACCCUCCAGGUCCUUGCAGCUUUGCGUCUUCAGUACCUUCAAGGAGAUUACACUCUGCAUACCACCAUACCAGAAAUGGAGGAAGUCUACCCCUUGCAAAAGCUGAAGUCUCGGAUUACACAGUCUACCAAAACCUUUACUGCAGCGGAGAAGGCUGAGAAGAAGCGAGCCAGCUUUCUCGAAGGAACGCUGAGGAGGAGUUUCCGCAGUGGCUCUAUCAGCAAACAGAAGGUUGAGGAGGAUCAGAUGUUAGACAUGUGGGUCAAAGAGGAAGUCUCAGCUUCCAGGACUAGUAUUAUUGACAAAUGGAAAAAACUGCAGAGAAUGAACCAGGAGCAGGCUAUGGCAAAGUAUAUGGCUUUGAUUAAGGAAUGGCCUGGCUAUGGGUCAACGCUGUUUGAUGUAGAGUGUAAAGAAGGGGGUUUUCCACAAGAAUUGUGGCUUGGAGUCAGCGCUGAUGCAGUCUCUGUCUACAAGCGCGGGGAAGGAAGACCUUUAGAGGUGUUUCAGUAUGAGCAUAUCUUGUCCUUUGGUGCUCCGCUUGCCAACACCUACAAGAUUGUGGUGGAUGAGAGAGAACUACUUUUUGAAACUAGUGAGGUGGUUGACAUUGCAAAGCUGAUGAAAGCCUAUAUCAGUAUGAUUGUGAAAAAGCGCUACAGCACCUCUCGAUCAGUGAGUAGUCAUGGAAGUCAAGGCAGCUGCAGGUGAAAACAAAACCAGUUCUACUGUGCUCUAAAUAGAACUUAUCACUGCUUCGCCUCAAAAUGACCUGAUGAUACUGAUCACGUUUGUUAACAAGCUAACCAAGAACCAGAAUUUCCAAGGAAAAUACCUUCAAACCUUGUUUUAAAAAGACCACAGGGUGGGGGGUGGGAAGGAAAUCAGCUGGAAUACUCACAUACUAGAACUGCUGGCUCUUUCAAAAAUUCCAAAGCGUUAUCAUCUUCAGUUUAUGCAACAAAUGCCUUAAGACUUGACCCACUGCAAUACAAGCAGUAAAAGUGCCUUACAACAUUAAAACCAACUUGUAUUAACUUAAAAUUGCUGAUUAAAAAUUAAGACUUUUUCCCCCAAUCAAAACACUGAGAACAAAGUUCAUCCAUUCUGCACUAACCUACUGCCCUGCAUACAUGUGGGAACGGGGGAGGGAAGAAGAGGGAGGUAUAUUUUUGGGGAGCUGCUGGCAGCCUUCCUUACAGAUGCCAACAUUUUGUUUCCCCUUGCUUCCAUGGAUAUGCACAUUACGUGUGCAUAUUUGAGCUGACAGAAAAUUGUGACUAAUUUUGUUCUGUGUUUCACAAGUCUUUUGAAGCAAAGGGAAUAAGUAUGUGCAAUGGUGUAAACAGUCUUUCUGUACAUUUUAAUAGUUCAGAGGUAUAGUUGUUACAAUUGUAUGGUUACUUUAUAAGCAGUUUUAUUAACAAGUAAAUUCCAAAAUUUUCAUACAUUGAUUUACUAUUGCAAAUAUGUAUUACCAUAUAUGUAGCAGAAGUCUGCAUUCUGUACCUGCUGUACUAUAAAGAGAGAUGUAGCUGAGAAUAUUUAUAGAUUACCCUAAUAUGGAAAUGCAAUUAUCGGUUCAAUAUUCCAUAAUGUCAGCUUAAGUUUUUAAUAUUAAAAUUUUCUUUUAAAAAGACACUAUUCUUGUAGAAUUCUGGCUGGACUCUCCAACCCAAAGUGCCUGGAAAGGGUCAGUGCCCUUCAGAGUUGACUAGAGAAUGCACGGUUACACAGUCAAACUGCUUUAUUAUAGCGCUGUCUUUUACCUGGUUGCCUAAUGAAGGUUCUUGACACCUGUAAAUAACUUGGGAGAUGUCAGCUAAUAAUAAGCUGAUUUUGGACUUUUGUUUUUGUACAGAAAUAUUGUAAGAAGAUAAAGCAAAACUUCGAUCAAAGGUAUUUUUUUGUCCACAAGAGGGAAAAAAAAACACACAUACACAAACCCCAAAACCUUACUGUUACUAAAAAACUAAGCCUUUAAAGAAUCGUGCCUACUUACUCAGAGAAAGUUCAGCAAUAAAGAAAGUAUCAUAUGUAA